CGCGCACGAAGCUUCCGCGAAGCUCACUCCCUCCCCGCCUUUUUAUCUCCCACCUCCCGCUGCCUCGUCCCCUCCAUUCCCACCACCUCCCGGACCCUCUCCUCCAAGCUCCAGCCUCCCGGAUCCCAUCCCCAUCUUCGACCUACCAGGCGGCAAAGAUGAAGCUCUCCAUCCAAUCGUUCGCCAAGAAGCUCUCCAUCCCGUCCCCGAAGCGGACGUGGAGCGGCCAGAAGAACGGCAGCGGCAAGCGGUCCCUCUCGCGCAGCGAGGCGCCGUCGUUCGCGUCGGCGUCUUCGUCCUCCUCGGACGACACGCUGGCGCGGUCCUCUACGCCGCGGUCCGUGCUGAUCCCCGCGGAGAUCCCGCGGCGGGAGCUGGAGGCCGUGCUCCGGCGGCUCGGCCACGGGGAGCCCUCCGACGACGAGCUCGACGCCGUGGCCGCCAUGGCCGCGCAGCCGCCGGCCCCCGGCGGUGAGGACGAGCUGAUGGACGCGUUCAGGGUGUUCGAUGCCGACGGCGACGGCCGCAUCACGGCCGAGGAGCUCCGCGCCGUGAUGGAGUCCAUCCUCGGCGAGGGCGAGGGGUGCAGCCUCGACGACUGCCGCCGCAUGAUCGGCGGCGUCGACGCCGACGGCGACGGCUUCGUCGGCUUCCAGGACUUCGCACGCAUGAUGAUGAACGCCACCACGGACGCCCGGAGCUUCUUGUGAUCUGGCCUCGUUCUGUCCCCGCUCGGUUGCGCUGUUCCCUUCCCGCCAAAGAUCGGAUGUCCCCGACUUGCGCUCAGAGGGGGUACCAUCAUCUACUGCGAGACGAGUCCAUUUUUCUCAAAAAUCUUUUGGGCGCGCAUCAGGAUGAUAGACUGCUAAUUGAGAAGUACCACCUGCUAAUCCAUGCAGGAUUGGCUAAAACCCCAUGCAUGCAAGUUGUAAAAUUUGUCAAGAGAGAGUAACGGCAAGGCGAAUGCUUCGUUCUUUCAAAUUUUGAAUUUCAAAUCCUACUGAGUAGCAUGCCGUUGUGUCGAGAUUGUAUUCGUGUUUCUGAGAUGAUAUUUGGAGAAAAUUUGGCCGAA